CACUUCUAGUAGAGUUGGAGAGCAAGGUGAUCCGAUUAUCGUUGUACAAGAAGUACAACAGAAGCAGACCACUUCUAAAGUUGAAAGUUGUGAUCAAAUUCUUCUAGUACAAAACAAGACCACCACUAAAUCUAAAGCUCAAAGUGAUCAGAUA